UAUAAGUCACCACUUUUGCACAGUGACAAUCUAAGGACCUGUCGAGGUCUGGUGGAUAUAAUUACCAUCAUGUCGCGGUAAUGCAGAAAUCGUCUUGUUUGUUCUGAGGAGCCUGAAAUGUCGAAAUUGUCUCGUUGUGCCUCUUGAUUGCGACGGGCCGACUGGCAAUAUUAUGGCCUCGUGCACGCACCGCUGCACCACAGUUAGCCUCUUGGCUCUGACAGUUGUACUCCAGCUACUGUCUAUCCCCACACAUGCGUCCCAAGGCGAUAAAGAGCCAGUUUAUCGUGACUGCGUGAAACAGUGUGUUCGGACAAACUGCACCGGGGCCCGGCUCCGAGGAUUCCAGUCUACCCAGCCGCCGUAUAUGGCGCUUACAGGCUGGACGUGUCGUGAUGACUGCAGGUACCAAUGUAUGUGGACCACCGUUGGGCUCUACCAGGCUGAAGGGUACAGAGUUCCUCAAUUUCACGGGAAGUGGCCGUUUGCGAGGUUCCUGUGUUUUGAGGAGCCGGCGUCUGCCCUGGCUUCUCUGCUGAAUGGCCUGGCCUGUCUGCUUAUGUUGCUCCGUUAUCGCAGCGCCGUGCCCAGACAGAGCCCCAUGUACCACACCAUCACAGCCUUCUCUCUGGUGUCUCUUAAUGCUUGGUUCUGGUCUACGGUGUUCCACACACGAGAUACUUACUUAACUGAGAAGAUGGACUACUUCUGUGCAUCUGCAGUCAUUCUUUACUCUAUCUACUUGUGCUGCGUCAGGACACUUGGACUGCGGAGGCCUGGCGUCUCCAGUAUGGUGGGAGUCUUGCUCAUUCUGGCAUUUACCUCCCAUGUGUCCUAUCUGACCUUUGUCAGCUUUGACUAUGGGUAUAAUAUGGCUGCCAAUGCUACCAUCGGAAUGAUAAACUUGCUCUGGUGGUUGUGCUGGUGCUGGCAGAACAGGCGGAUAUUGCCGUACUGGUGGAAGUGUGGUGUCGUGGUUCUCCUGCUCCAUGGUCUGGCCCUGCUAGAGCUCCUCGAUUUCCCGCCGCUCUUCUGGGUGCUGGACGCCCACGCUGUCUGGCACCUCAGCACCGUGCCCGUCCACUUCCUCUUCUACAGUUUCCUGAUAGAUGAUAGCCUGCACCUACUCAACACAGAGAAAACUGGGGUCAAACUGGAAUAGGAGGAUUAGGUCUCAUCCCACCCCCUCCUCACACAUUCCUCAAGUCAGGGCAAGUGGAAGCCAGAACGGGAUGGGCCUCAAUUUCCAGGAUAGCCUGCAUGAUUCCUAUUGCUGAAGUUGUGAAUUUCAUUACUGGCAUUUUGUUUUUUCCUUUGCUCACUGUC